AUCCAUCCAACUCCAUAACUCCAUAUAUAUAUAAAUCUCUCCUGCAACCAAAUUAAUCAGCAACACCAGCAAACUAAUCUCUUCCUAAUCAUCGAUCUUAGCCUUUGCUAAUCAUACAAAAUGUCACUCAUUUCCCAAGUGUUUGGCGAUGAAAUAUUCGACCCAUUUCUCUCCAUGGUCAACAAGUGUCCUGUCCUCAACACCCCAACUGACUGGAAGGAAACCCUAGACGCCCAUGUGUUUGUUUUCGACCUUCCGGGGCUGAAGAAGGAGGAGGUCAAGGUGGAGGUUACUGAUGGAAGAGUGCUCCAGAUAAGUGGCGAGAGGAAUGAAGAAGAAAAAGAUGAGAAGAGUAAGGAUCGUAAAGAUAGGUUUCACCGUGUCGAACGUUUCCGGGGCAAGUUCCUAAGGAGGUUCCGGCUGCCGGAAAAUGCCAAGACAGAUGAAGUUAAGGCAUCUAUGGAGAAUGGGGUUCUAAAGGUCACUAUUCCCAAGCAUGAAGUUCAAAAACCUCCAAAGAAGGUUAUUCAGAUUGAAGGAAAUUAAUUAAACGAUAGUUUCACAGAUAAUCAUGUGACAAUGUGUGAUAAUAAAAUGUUUCGUGUGUGGUAAGCGUGGUUUUUUGGUUUUCAGUUGAACUUUAAUUCGGAGAGAGAAGUCUUACUGUUUUAAUGAACUUAGCUACGUCUAAGUCUGCGUAUGAUGUGUGGUUUUUAAUAAAAUGUGAUAGUUUGUGCA